AUGAACGCUGUGUUUUUGUUUUCAUUUCUCGCCUUGGCGGUAAAUAUCGUCAACGGCAACAAAGAAUUAUCAUCAGCGGUUAGUGAUCGAGUGCUAGAAAUUGCCGCGCACCCAUUGUCCAUCAUUAAAAGUAGGAAAAACGCAAGAGAUGGUUACCCAGUACCGCCGUCUAUGGACGCAAUCAAUUUCGAAACCCAACAUGUGGAUUUGUGCGGACCAAUUUUAUGCAUCAGCGCGAAUCUUACUAAUGGGUCCGUCACUGGUUUGUCUGAAUACGAGAUCAUCAAGUCGGACCUGAUCUCGGACGGAGUGACACUUCAAAUUGAUAUAGAUAUCAAGUUCCCUAAACUGCAAUUGGACGCAGAUUACUAUACCAUGACGGGAAAUAUUAUGGAAGUCUUACCAUUAUCUGGUGAAGGAAAGUUGCUUUUCCAAACAACGGAUUUAAGAAUAUGGAGUAAAAUUGUACUGCAUGUGGCAGACUAUACGUCUAUUGAAAGCUUCGAGAACUCUGGUUUCAGUAUUAACAGUAUUUUGAGUGACACUGAAUUCGAUUGUAACAUAGACGGAGUGUUCAACGCGAUGGUAGGCGAGCUGCUGGCCGACCACCUCAAUCGGUUCAACGGAGCUAUCGCCGCGCAGUGCGCCGCUUUACUUAAAGAACUCAUCAAUUCAAUGCUUAAUUAAGUUGACUUGAAUAUGGU